AUGCCCCGUUUGCUCAACCAUCCCCACCGCCUCGGAGGAAUCCAAACAAUCGAACAGCCUCCAACCAGUCCCAGCGCCCGUGGCGGCGACCCUCAAUCAACCAGCAGAGCUCAUCAUCAUCAGCAGCAGGCCAAGAAGCGUAAACUCAGCCAGCCCAAACAAGAACAAGCCGUUCUCCUCCAACCUAGCACUACCACCAGCCGGAAACCCCGCUCGCGGAUACCUUUCCAAUGGAGGCUGCCAUCGUCUUCCUCCCCCGCUACCGGACCUUCUACCGCCAAUCAGUCUGAACAAGUUCUUCCCGAUGAUACCCAGCCCUCCCACUACCCGAACGAUACCCCUCAGAAAGUGUCGCAGAAGAAAUCCUCGAUCUUCCGUAAAUUCUCCAGAUCCCAUUCAAUUUCUUCCAACAUCUCAUCAUCAUCCACUUCUGUUUCGUAUCUGGCAUCCACGACGCCCCAAGCCGCCCUUCGGAAUUUUUCAAACCAUUCUGAUUCAAUUGCCAGCCGAUCUUGCUCGAGUCACUCCGCCGUCCUCAAAUCCCAGAGCUCCGAUGACUCCAUCGGAACCCGGCCUCGACCCACUCGCUCCUCAAGUCCACCUGUCACUAGCAAUAUCAGUUCCUGCUCAUCCUCAUUGAAUCCCUCGGUCAGCUAUGUCACAGAUUCUGAAUUCGAGUCCCUCUCAGAUGACCACGAGGAGGUUCUUUCUGCACACUCUCAUAUCAACAUCCCCGUCGCCCCUCAACCUCUCUCGAACUCGAGCACCCAUGGUAUUGGAUCAACCUCUCAGUCAAGGAUUUCCGAAGCAUCCUGUCCCCCACCUCAAUGCCCGCUGCCCCCAUCCCCGUCGAGUCCAACUCAUGACGUUCGCUCUCAGCCUUUCAGCGAGCUGCCCUUUGCGUGUCCUUCGCCGAACAUGCCUGGUAAUCGUGUUGUCAAUCGGCACAUCCGACCGACUCCGGCCCAAGCGCCCCCACUUCCGCGUUCCCGAACCCCAUCGCUGGUAAUUCGACCCAAGUUUGCCACUAGUCAACACAAUCUCGAUGCUAUUGUCCAGUCCUCCAAGUCCAGCUCCGACGCGCAUGCCCACAACAGCGCGUCCGAUCAUGUUGAUACUCAAGAUCGACCCACGUCUCGACCUAAGAGCGAUCUGAUGCGCGGACUUGGCUGGGGCCGUGCCCCGAUCGACCCUCCACGUCUGAUCUCUCCUUCACCCAGUCUCCUCCACAACCCCUCCUCGUCUGAUGUCUCGAUCAACCGCCCUUUGCAGGAUGCAAUCAUCGCCGACUAUCUCCUCGCACCUCAAAACUCAAACAAAUCACACCAGUUUUCAUCGCCCCAAAAAAACCCCCCACUCAAUCCAAGGAAAACGCUCAAGGACCGAUUCACCCUAGCCAGUACCGCACCUUUGAGGUUAACCAAGACCCAACAUGUCCGCCAUCAAAGUACGGCGUCUGCUACGGGUCGUGCAAUCGCGAGCAGCUUGUUCGGAGCCCUUAGCCCUACAAGCAAUCGACAUACAGUCAUGGACCCGGAGGAUGAGAAGCGCAAGGUCGAAUUCAAGAGGAUGAUAAGCUAUCCAGUCCUCAAUCACGGUACUAGCGGUGACAAUGACGCGUCAAAUGCCCAAGACAAAAACUUUCAGAGCGUGCCAGAUUUGGAUUGCUACAAUCUUAGCAUCGAGGCCGCUAUGCGUUCACUCGAAGGUAUCAAACCCAUCGAGACAGCUUCGAUCACCACGCCACCUGGAUCCAUCAAGUCCAGAUCUAAUGGCCCGGAAGACCGGCCGAUCUCAUGGACUUUUGAAGACAAGCCAGAUUUAUCAGAUGUUGAAGCCAGCUACGAGUUUAGCUUUACGAGUGGAAAAUCGGACGCUUGGACACAAAAGUUGAGAAGACGGGUGUCCGUCAACCGGCUGAUGAUUAAGUCGAAGAGCAAGCCAGCCAGCUCACCCUCGCCUGAUGGUCGCAGUAAAAAUAGCCCGAGCAGUGGAUUACGAACUUAUAAAGCCGCUCAGAAGCAACUAAGGACCAAGGCUAGUGCUCGGUUGAGGCCUUUGAUACGCAAAGUCUCAUCCGUAUCUCACAAGCAACGUGCUCCGAUCGGCUCGUCUGAAGGCAGAAAUGCCUUCGAAGCCCAUGAGCUUGACAGAACUGGCGAAGAGAACGAAGAGGAGGAGUUGCUGGCCUUGAGUCGAACUCCUAUCCGGCGGGCCAACCCAGAACGCUUCAUCAAUUCGAAGCCCGAGAGCCGUCUUCGACAGAUCCGCUCAUCCAUCUCUAGAGGUCAUACUCCCCGUAGCGCCUCUUCGCCGACGGUCAGUCUGACCACGCCACAGCAGUCCAAACCUUUUCCGAGGACAAGCCAAUCGAUCCGAGAGAAGCGGAAGAUCUUCGAGCAACCCGUCAACCCGUCGACCGAUGAUCUUCCUCAUUUUAAUCGUUCGACCAACUCGUCAUUGGCUAUCUCGAUCGCCUCGUCCAGCCACUCUGCAUCCAGAGGCGCCUUGUCAACAAGCUCGGGCGUCGACCGACGUUCCAGUGUCCCAAGUGAGAGGCGGCAAUCCAAACGCAAGCCAACGCCUGCCGAAAUCAAGUUGAGAGACGAGACCCAGAGCGUCAAAGCCUUGGUGGACAAAUUCGAGACCCAACACCACCGCAGUAGCUUAGGCAAAUCGGUCGACUCGGACUCGCAGAAAAAACGGGCUCGGGAUAGCUCGAAAGCGGGACGGAGCAGUGGUACGGGGGUCAUUCGCACCAGUUUACUCAGUCUCUGGAGUGGCGAUCGCAGUAGUUUGGGCAGCAAGAGAGUCGUGUCGCGGAGGGUCAGUAGGCAACUUGUACUUGAUCACAGAAGGAAGGCAAGCGGACGGAGCAGUACCGAAAGUGCGUCCAAGGCCGAAGUAAGACCGCCUCGGAAAUUGAAGAAAAAGCCAAAGAGGACAUUCCGGGAUAACAACAGUAGUUCUUCGUCUUUCGGAUGCGCCUUUGACGAGGAAGAUGAAUACACGUACGAACUGGAAGACCCUCACGUAGACUUGAGUCUUCCGGUCAAACUUCCGGGAUUAUCUGAUUCGAGCAACCGUCAUCUCUCAAUGCUCUUACCAAAAUCUUCUAUGCAACAAAAACGGUCAACCUGGAGCGUUAAUAACAGCUCACCCAGGCCCUCCGCCGAAAAAAGCCAGAAGCGUCGGGACCUUCAAAUCUUCCAAUCACGCUUCACAUCUCAAGAUGCCCCCAAUUGCGAUAGUCCCGAAGCGGCCUACCACGAUGAAGUGGAUCACGAACCCAAGCUGCUAAGUGAACAGCCCUCGAUGGACUGUGUGGGAUUCAAUCAAGAUAGAACCUGCUCGCCUCUGUCUUCUGAACAAGCCCACAAAGCGCAGACAAUUCUUGAACCACAGACGAUCUGGAUGGGUGACGGCUCUCAGAGGCAAAUCUUGGUGGCUGGUGGCUGUUUGCAGGUUGCCAAAAAGAUCCCUUUCCCCAGCUUCGAAGAUGACGUAGAGUUUAACCAGAAUGCAACUCUUGAACAGCCACCCUUGUCCGCUGAACUCUCACCCCCCAAGCCCGUCAGCAAGCCCAUCGACCAGCCAACACACUCAACAAAUCGAAUCAGCACAUUCCUCCGGACUCGGAAAUUUGAUGAUGAGCUAGAGGAUGACGAAGACGAGCAGGUCAGUCCCCACGACUGCUCUACUCGGACCACUAGCUUGAGCCAAAAUCAGGAGCGUGGAAUGUUGUCACCUGUCGGUAUCGCUAGUUUGCAAGAUUCUCCAACUCUCGGGCGCGGUCGUCGGUCUUGGCAAAGACCCAUGUUGCACGGUUGCUCCAAGUCAUCCCGAUCCUCAAGCGCCGGCAGACCGCAUUCGACGCCUGGUUUACUACUGGUUGCACCCUCAGACGUUAGUGAGAAAGAUGACUCAUACUCGAGUUCUUCGGGUGCCGGCACACGAAACUCUCAGGAAAUUCAGCAAAUGUAUCUGGGCGUCCAACGUUGUGAAGGAUUGGGUAACAAGAUGUUUGGCUCCUCAAUUAACAUUCCUCAGCACACUCAGGAAUCUCCCGUCGGUCGUCGCGCCACUUCAGCAAUAAUCUCGAGUAGCACCGCUCGUCUAUUCCCACUCAGUCCCACUGGAAGCUGUCCCAGUCCAAGUUCUCCUCCUAUUCGGGCUCAGUCCCCACCAAGCACUGCCCCUGCGGACGAUAUUGCUGAUGAACUCCAAGCCUCGUCUCCCCCCGCCUUGACGUCGACCAGGUCGUCCUUGCUCAAGUGCGAGAGAGUUGCUCAGUUCGAGGAAGAUGACCUGACCGAAAUGACAGAUGUCCUGGACUGUGGUGAAGAAACUCCCCAGAAUCAUUAUCUCAAAGAUGACGCUCCCACUAAACUUGCGAGUAGCCCGACCUACAACACAUGCAAGCUUUCCAAAGAAGAUGGGGAUGGGGAUGACACUGUUAUUGACACAGUGGCCGACAAAGCCUUGCGCCAAGAAAUCGCUCGGUUGGAACGCGUUAGAGGAAAGUGGUUGAAGCUCUGCCUGGAAGUCGAGGAUGUCUUGAAGAGAAGUCGCGAAAGAUGGCCUGAUCAGGACAGAUCCAUCGAGGUUCUCAAAGACUUUGUCAAUCCUACCACAAGAUCAUCGAUCGACACAUUCUUGGAAAAAUCUCGGCGCCUCUACAAGGAAACAUCGGGACUAAGUUUCGCGGCACACCGGGGAGAUCAGUUCACUUCUGAAAGUGAAGCCCAAGAAUUGACUCCACCCCCCAGGCACCCAUUCGGUCGACAGUCAAUCGUCUCCGCGUCGGCCGGCAACCUUCGUCAAAGGACACGUGGCCGGGAGAGCACCACCAGUCGGCAGUCGUUCCUGACUCCCUCCAAACCCAGAGGCGCUAAAUCACAGGGUUCGAAAGCCUUCCCUCUCCUCAUCACAUUGCCAGUUCCCUCCGCCUUUGUGUCUCCUGAACGCUUCCGCGGAUGUGCAAAGGCACCUCAGUCCGAACAGGGUCCACGGGUUUUGAAGAUCAGCAACAGGUCCCGCUGCCCUGGCCCCCGUCAACCCACCAUCUCUAAUGGUCUGGCAAGUCCAGGUAUCAAGCUAAUGAAUGCUUGCGACCGACGAGGACGGAUGAUGAGCGGGGCCAGUAGCAGCAAUGUUAGCAUCGCUUCCAAUGGAAAAGUGAUUUUGGGCGAGCGAUCAGUCAACCAAUUGGCCGAUCGAACUCUGACCACUGGGGAGAAGAAGCCCACGAACUUCUCCCCCAAACUUUCUGGCAACAACACACCGACGAGCGCCAGAACCGUUGGCAGUCUCGGCAGGGCCAGUCGGCCCUCGACGGGCAAAUGGGGAUCGGAGAACGAGGGCCCUCUCUGGACUAGUGUGAGUGUCAGGGAGACCCGAAAACCGUGGCGCAGGAGCAUCCUCAACCAGGAGAUAUUGCCCCGUGAGCCACGAUUGAGCUUGGCGGACUCCGCUACCGGCUCAGUGGGUUCCGCCGCCGAGGAGGUCGGCGUGCUUGUCGCCGCCGGUGAACAGCCGAGCGAGUUCUCAUCCGGGUUUCAUGUCUCCGGCAGUCUUCGUCUCAAGCACCGUCGCAGACUUCACCAGAUCAGGGCCGAGUGA